UUUAUAAUACUAAUAUGCAGAGUUUUCUUUAACUCUCAAUUGGACUAGAAUAACGGUUUUGCUGGAAUCGUAGGAGAAAUGAAUUGAUUGGGUUUCUAGUAUCAGUAGGAAAGAAACACCAAAAGUAGAAAUGCUUUGUCUUACUUCUUCUUACAUGACCCUCUCUCGAAGCUAUUAAUCGGUGAUUGUAAAUUUAGCAGGAGAUCCUCGUGGCUUCCAUUUGUAUUCGAGAACCGGCACUUACAAUUAUAACCAUCAAACAGUUGAUGUUUUUUACAUCUUAGUCUACCAAUUCUUGUCUAUUUUGUCUUUAAAUGUAUCGUUGUUCUCUAAUACUUUGAAAUGUUAAAGGGAAUGGUUGCUCUUGUAACUGGAGGUGCAUCUGGUUUGGGGCUAGGAACUGUUCAAAGAUUUGUCAAACAUGGUGCGAAAGUUGUCAUUGCAGAUUUACCUAGUUCCAAGGGAAAAGAGGUUGCUGAUGAAUUAGGAAGCUCAGCUGUAUUUGCACCAGCAGAUGUGACAUCGGAACAGGACAUACUUGCAGCUUUAGAUUUAACAAAGCAACACUUUAACAAAUUGGAUGUUCUAAUGAAUACGGCAGGAAUAGCUUGUGCAUAUAAAGUAUUUAAUUUUAAUAAGAAUAUCUCGCACUCCUUUGACGAUUUUAUCGAUGUAUGUAAUGUAAAUGCGGGCGGAACAUUCAAUUGUGUUAGAUUAGCUGUAGAACUUAUGUACAAGAACGAGCCAAACAAGGACGGACAACGUGGAGUAAUAAUUAACACAGCAAGCGUUGCAGCUUUUGAGGGACAAAUGGGCCAGGUUGCAUAUUCUGCCUCCAACGGUGCAAUAGUCUCUAUGACAUUGCCGUUAGCUCGCGAAUUAUCUCAAGUUGGCAUUCGUGUUGUCACGAUAGCGCCCGGACUAAUGGACACACCUUUGACGUCGUCAAUACCAAAAAAAGUGAUCGAUUUUUUGAGUCUAUCGAUACCAUUACCAAGUAGGUUCGGUACGCCUGACGAAUUCGCUGAGCUAGCACAACAAAUUAUUGAAAAUCCUUUUCUGAACGGAGAAGUUGUCAGAUUAGACGGUGCAUUCAGGAUUCAAAUUUAAGAAUUUAUGCGAGCAUACGUGAUUAUCAUACGUGAUUAUCCGAACAUGAGAUUGGAUCAAGGAUUUACAAUUAUAUUAAAAUUAAAAACUUGUAACAGAGGACAACAGAAAGACAUACAAGUAUUAUGAAUAAAGAUGAAUAAAAACAAA